UGAAUGAACAAUUACUGUUUAUGUAACUCUUCUUAUUUUCCAAGUUUAGUGUAGUUGGCCCGGCAGUCGGUGUUUAGGAUUACUAGGGCUUGAUGCUAAUGGUCACUAAUCUAAGAAAAAAUGUCAUACACAUUAGUGAUUGUCGGAACUAUUGUCCAACUAACAAUUACAUCAAAAGUAAUGGGAUUAAGUUUUGAAGGUUUUCUCAAAUCCUUACCAUCGAGUAUGCCGACCGACCUGAAAUCGAUAAUUACGAAGCUGCGAGAGAAACAUCCUCAAGAGUUUGGUAUGUUAGAAACUACUGAUCAUGGAACUAAGACGCCCUUGUACGCCAAGGCCAAUGAACUUGAUGCUAUGUUUAUGAAGCCUACAAGCAUAAAACCAGGUAUUCAGUACAAUGCGCCUGUCACACCAAAAGUCAACAUUUUAAAGACUGGAGAACCAACAGCAAAUAAUAAUAGUACUAGUGAACCUGCACAAACUGAGAAAGCCGUCACAACUCUAAAGCCACCAACUGCACCAACACCAAAGCUUCCUGACGCGGGAUGCCAGACGCCAGUGAUGCCUCUGCCGCAGAUACCACCUCCAAUGAUGCCAAUAGCAAUUCCCAUGUACCCACGAAUGCCCAUCAUAGUGCCAGCGAGGACAUUCUUCGAGCCAGUGAGACAUGACCAUCCUCCAUUGUACAAGAUAAAAGAGAUGAUAGAGCGAGAUGAAAGGAAAUGGAAGAAAGAGAAUAAGGGGAAGGAUUGUGAUGGUUCCCUGGAGUUGGCCUACAGUGAUGGAGACAGUUCAUCCAGUUCGGAAACAGACUCCGAAUCGAGGUAUAUGGAUGUUGGUUCCGAGUAUUAUGAUGGGUUUUUGAAGAUUAAUAUAUGAGGAGGAGAAGAAAGUGAUAAAUUAAUUUUCUAGCUGAAGAUUUACACUAU